AUGAAUCCUUCAAAUAGACCUACUCGUAGAAAAUCAGAAAGAUUUGAACAUAAAUAUUUAGAUAAAUCAUCACUUUGUUCAACUUCAUAUCAUUCAAUAAUAACAGACUCACCUUCAACAUUCACCUACGAUAAUGAUAUUUUAUUUUUCUCAAUCGUUUCAAACAUAUUUGUUAAUAAGUUUAAAGAAGAACCACCUAUUCAACAUAAUAAUAAUCUUCCUCCAACUAUUCAAUCAUCAUUAGACGCUUUAAAAUAUAAAUAUUUGAAGAUUUAUUAG